AUGUCCCUCCGCGACAAAUUCAAACGGGUCUUCCACCGUCCCUCUGCUAGCAAGGACGCGAAGAAUGGCAAACCCAAGGUCGAAUAUUAUCGUCGCCAUGAGAUUCCUCCUUCCAAGUUUCGCGGUCCCUUCGAUAAAGAACACCAAAAGCGUCUAGCGGCCUGGUCGUUCGACGGUGCAAUGGCCGAACGCCCGCGUCCGAUGGACUUGUCCCUGUCCCCCUGCGCCACUUACGAUCUACCGGACGGUCCUCUCGGCCCUCUUGAUCCGCUCGAUAGCGAUGAUACCGGUGAUAUUUCCCCCGACGAUGACGGCGUGCCGAUCGAUCCAGCUUCGACCGACUCCGACUCUUCCGUUCCCGACCUCGACUCCUCCCGCCCCACCGUCGGCUCCCAGUCUUCCACAGUCGUCAACUCCAAUUCAGAAAGCUACUCCGGCUCCAUGAUGACGCUUCUCCCCGAAGACCACCCCAUCGGUCCCUACGAACUCCCCGAGGAUCCUAUCGCUCUACUCAAGGAGUCUAUUCGAUACACCUCCCCUAUCGUCCGGGCCAUGUCACCUGCUUCGCCUUAUCCAAUGUCGCCUCGCAAGGGAAAGGCUUUGCCUUUUUCGCCCGAGGAUUUGACUCGCGCUUUGAUUGCCGUGCAGGUUUGCGCGUAG